AUGGAGCUGAGACGUCUCGGAUUCAACCAGAAACAAACAGAGAUGCUAAAGUGGGCCACUAUGUCACUUUCACAGCAGGUUCUGGUGAAUUAUGAAUACAAAUACACUGCUCGAGAUGGCAGAGAGGUGUCCAUCAAACCCAACGAGCACUACAUGCUAGUAGCCAAGACCAAUGAAACCUGGUGGCAUGUUCGGAGGGAUGGGACUGACAAGCCUUUUUUCAUCCCAGCAACCUAUGUGACCGAACUCCCACCUGAGACCAACCAAACUUCACUGCACCCUUCUGUAGAGUUUAGUGGAAGUGAAUCCCUCAAGUCUAACUCAGAGACAGCUCCUGAUAGUCUUCCCACCAUCAUUGAGCCCGCUGAGGUCACGCUUCGAGUCCCAGCCUCUAUAAAACGAGACACGGAGAAAGACGGUCAUAGAAUAUCAACAUAUAUUAUUCCAAAGGAAUUCUUUGAACUGAAGGGUUUGGAUCCAGAUCCCAUAAAUACUGAAGCAGAGGCCGGUCCUGUGCCUGAACACACAGAUCAAGAAAAGUCUUCCAAGCCAGCUUCCCCAACUAAUGGGGAAACACCACCCUCUAUCUUACUGAAGCUUCUCCAUACAGUCAACACACCUCAAUCCCCAGAACUGGAGAUAAAAUCAACCGUAAAUGCAACAGAAAGGCCUCGGGUGGACACAAAGGCCCUGGAUCAAGAUAUUCAGAUGCUCAAUAGAGCUGGCUGGGGUGACAUCUGGAGCCCCAUGAAUAAAGACAAGAAUGUGUAUGAGAGUGUGGAUACAAUGAGAGAACCAGAAUCCUCAAAAGCCGAAGAUAAUGUGACUGUAAACCCUGUCACACCAGAUAAGAAUAUGGUAGAGGAUGACAGCGCUCUCACGGCGGUGUAUGUAAACCUCCCCCGGGUGCGUCGGAGUACCACUGACACAUCCAGUACCGUUGCUUCUCCAUUACAGGAGUUCCCAGACACUCCCGAUACCCUUCUUUUAGACUCUGCGGGAUGGGAGAUCCAUACUGACGACCAGAGCGGGCAAGAGUACUACUACCACCCCUCUACAGGCCGCAGCACCUGGGAGUAUCCGCUCAGCUACUCCAUGGAGUCGUCAGUGGGGACAGAGGAGGCCCGUUCUCCUCCCUCGUUCCCCCAGUCUCCCAUCAGCUCGCCCCUAUUCCCUUCUCCUCAGAGGUGGAGCUCGGACUGGGAGAAGGUGCUGGAUGAGAAUACUGGCAGGCAUUACUUCUUUAACAUUGUGUCGGGUCAGAGCUCAUGGGAUCCCCCAGAGGAUAUCAUCUCACCAGAGCAGUUUCUGGAAGAUUGCCCGCCUCCGUUUCCUGAGGAAGACUACCCAGCAUCUCCAGAUCUGGAGGAAGCAUCUCCUCUCUCUAUGCCAUCAGAGUAUACUUUGAUUCAUGUGAAGAAGGUCUCAAUCCCCAGGGCCAGUCUGGAUCACAGCGUCCCACCAGGCUGGACCCUCAGCAUCGACCCUGAAGGAGCUUGGGUCUUCACGAGCGACUACACGCAGGAACAGUGGAUCAAGUCGCUAGACGAUCGAGGACGGACAUACUACUACUUAAGAGAUGGCAGCAAGUCCCAGUGGAACUUGCCUGAGUACUCUGGAAGUCCAGGACAGUAUGGAGUGGGAAAUGGGGCCUCACUAGAGCAGGACACAAUGGGAUCCAAGCAAAACUGGAGGCGCAGUGCGGGAUACCAGGAAGAUAAGAGUCACUCAUCAUAUCCUCAGAAUACACCAGACAGCGAUGCCUCCAGCUCUCCUGAGAUGCCACAUAAUGUUUCAAACUUGGAAAAGGCUGGAAUCCUGAAUAAAACAAAGGUGUCUGAAAACGGGAAGAAAAUUAGGAAGAACUGGAGUAAUUCCUGGACGGUUCUCCAUGGAGGGAUACUGACAUUCCAUAAGGAUCCAAAGACACCAGCUGGAGCAUCGAGCAAGACAAACCAGAUAGUUCCAGAAUUCACAGUCGAACUGAAAGGGGCAACAAUUAACCGGGCAACCAAGGACAAAUCAAGCAAGAAAAAUGUUUUGGAGCUUAAGAGUCGCAGUGGUGUGGAGUACUUGAUCCAGUACGACACUGAGAGCAUCAUCACAGACUGGUAUAAAAUCAUCACAGAUACCAUACGCCAGCUGGAUCUGCGUCAGGAUCUGGAUCAGCACCACUCUGAAGAUGAGGAGGAAAUCAGUGAGAAGUCCUCGAGCUUAGACAGAGAGGAUAGACCCUUCGACAAAAGAACUAUGAGCAAUGCAUCUCGUCAUCCUUCCUCCUCUUCGACACCUGAAGCAGAUCAGAAGAAGGUCCGCACCAAACUGAAGAAGUUUCUCCUCAAGCGGCCCACCCUGCAGUCGGUCAAAGACAAGGGAUAUAUCAGAGAAAAUGUAUUUGGAUGUCACUUGCACAAUCUCUGCAUUCAAGAAAAGACGAGAGUGCCCAGCUUUGUAGAGAAAUGCAUCCGGGCGGUAGAGAAAAGAGGUCUGGAGAUCGAUGGACUCUACAGAGUUAGUGGGAAUUUGGCAGUCAUCCAGAAACUGCGUUUCAAAGCAGAUCAUGAGGAUCUGGACCUGGAGGAGGGGAACUGGGACAUCCAUGUGAUCACAGGAGCGCUGAAGCUCUUCUUCAGAGAGCUGCAGGAGCCUCUUUUCCCUUACAGUCUCUUCAAUGAUUUCAUCAAUGGCAUCAAAAUCCCUGAUUAUUACAGUAAAAUAGCACACAUGAGAAAUCUGGUACGGUCUUUGCCACCACCCAACCGUAACACAAUGGAGGCCCUAUUCAGCCAUUUACGCAAGGUUAUUCAACACGGCGAUGAGAACAGAAUGAGCGUGCAGAAUGUGGCUAUCGUUUUCGGCCCAACGUUACUCAAACCGGAGGUGGAGACGGCAAACAUCGCCGCUUACAUGGUCUUCCAGAACCAGAUUGUAGAAUUCUUACUCAAUGAAUUUGAGUCGAUCUUCCACAUGUGAUUGACCUGAACUUGCACUGAAUACAAAAGCCCACUCAAAUGCUGGAGAUGAAGCUGCAAAACUGAUCUCAGUCCAGUCAGAGGGACAGUAUGUGACAGAUCUGUGAAGGAAAGCCUCUCGACUGGCACAUUUUGUUGUAAAUAGAGAUGCUACAAAAAUCAAGAACAGUAGCAUCUGUGAUUAAUCUAUUAAUAUCACUGAAACAGAAGAGCAGUUGGCCAUUAAGGGUAAUGCACAUUUUAAAAGUGUAUAGCUAAAAUGUAGUUUAAAAUAAUGUGUUGUGUUUCCUUUUAGACUUAAAGAGAGCUCUGUCACAGGAGGUUUUCUAAGAAUAUCAGUGAGCUUUCUUUUUAAAUAGUUAUCAGCUAUUCCUGAACAGGUCAGUUCAAUAAUAAUGUAGUUUAACUUUGCUUUCCUGUGGUCUUUUGCCUUUCUGUAGAGUCGCGCAAAACACUGCAAGUUUUUACCCUAUUAAUUUGGAUUUGCUAUGUGAUAAUAGAUGGAUAAUAUGAAAUUACAACAUUUUUAUGUUUAGGCGUCAAUUUUAGUUCAAGUUGUAAAACGUGUACAUUGUCAUUAAAGGCACAAUAUUUUAGAUUUGGUGGUACCAAAAUAUAGAAUCUGAAUUUGCACAUAGAUUAAGCAUUAAUAUUUUAUAACAACUGGCACACUCAUAUAGUAAUCACUGUAAGAUGUUUGAAGGUGUGUGUAUAUAUAGAAAGGCAUAUUUAUGCUGUACAUUGCCUGAAGUAAGCAAGCUUUU